ACAAUCAUUCAACUCUUAUCAAUUGCUGAACUCACGAAAGGCUCAAACUUCUUUUUUAUCAUUUUACUUUAUUAUAUUUUAUAAAGUUAUCAGAACCACUUAUCACACCAAAAACGUCCUCGAUGUUUUACCUAACUCUCAAUUAAAAAGAAUUCAGAUUUAAAAAUAGGCAUUUAUCAGAAAGGAAUCGAGCUGACAAGACUUUUUGAUGACAUUUGUUCUGACAUUAUAUUCAGUCAUAAAGUAAUAUACAUUUUCGAAAGAUGGAAAUUUUAAAGGAGGCAUUAUUUUUUGCCAGUAACACCAUCUCAAGCAUUUCAAUAGGAGUUGCAUCCGCAUCUUUAAUCCUGGGGUAUAUCCUCGCUGCCUCGUUCUAUUACAUUCUCAGGGACUACGGAGUGCCCCCUGGACCGACAGGAGUGCCUAUUCUGGGAUGGUGGCCAUUUGUAGUGAGUGAGCACUCUCACCUGCAGCAGCUGGAACUGAAGAAGAAAUACGGUGACAUUUUCAGUUUCAGAAUCACGGGUGCACUCUACAUAAAUCUCGCCAGUCAGAAAAUGCUGAGGGAAGCCCACAUCACUAGAUCGGACAACUUCAGGGAGAGAACGUCCGGCUUCAAUCUUCUGGCCAGAAUUCAUGAAAGCGGUGUGCCGUUCUCGAGAGGGGAGAAGUGGCAGACAAUUAGAAGAUAUUUUCUAACACAAUUCAGAGAUAGGGGUAUGACACUCUUUAAAGAGAACACAGCAGACACAGCUGAUGAAACUGUCCUCAGUCUUGUGGAGGACCUCAGGAAGAGUUCGAAAGAGCCCUCCGUCGACAUACUCAACCUUCUCGUGGAUAAAAGUAUUCUCAUGAUUCGCAACACUUUCUUUGGAUUCAACACUCCCGUUACUGUGAAAGAUAUAAACGUCAUCCAAGAAGAAUACAGACUGGUGGCAACACUCCUUCAUUCCAAGAAUAUGCUCUUGCAUGGAAACUUUGCAAAGUAUUUUAUUUUUCCCUGUCUGCCUUCCUUCAGAGAGGCGAUGAAACUUCAUUCAAAAACAAAGAAAAGGUUUCAGAAAAUGAUUGACGAACACGGACGGACAUUUGAUGAAGAUAAUAUUCGAGACAUCAUCGAUGCAUACAUCCACGAGAAAAAUGAGAGGAAGUCUAAAGGAGAUGAUACGUAUAAAUACUUCACAGAUGAAACAUUAGUGAACAGUCUCCUACAGUUUGUUGGAGAUGGAGUUGUGAAUGUGUCGACCUUUGUGACCUUCCUCCUGAUGUCUCUCUUGGACCACCCCGAGGAGCAGGAGAAGAUCUACAAGGAACUGGUGGAGGUGUGUGGAGAGGACAGGAAUCCAACCGUGGCUGAUAAAAACAAACUCAGAUACUUCAACGCGUUCCUUCUGGAAGCUCAGCGAAUGGCCAAUUUCAUUCCUCUCUUUCCCAGUCUGGUAUGCACUAAAGAGACGACUGUCGGGGGUUACAGGAUACCUAGAGGAGCCAUUACUGUAACCAAUGCUUAUGCCAUCCAUACGGAUUGCAAGGUCUAUGAAAAUCCAGAAGUUUUUAAUCCAUCCAGAUUCCUCGGAGAAGACGGAAAAUCACGUGCAGAAACACCCGUAGCAUUCGGUGUAGGUAAGAGAGUGUGUUUGGGUGAAGGCUUUGUUCUGAUGCAAACGUUCUUGUAUUUGGCAGCCAUCGUCAAGAACUUCAAAAUAACAUACCAAGUGCCAAAGAAUACUUUUGAGGUAGCCAUGACUCGAAAACUCAAUGUAUGCGUCACACCCAGAAAGUGAACAACACUUUUUGUUUUCUACGCCGAAUGGAAAUAUGUAUAUUAAUUUUUCUAUGAAAUUGAAAAUUUAAAAAAAUAUCUAUGUCAAACGCUUUCAUUUCACAAAGAAAUGUAUAUCCUUACUCCUCCAA